AUGUCCAACGCUGAGCUCGCCACCUCCUACGCCGCCCUCAUCCUCGCCGAUGACGGUGUCGAUAUCACCGCCGACAAGCUCCAAACCCUCAUCAAGGCCGCCAACGUCCAGGAUGUUGAGCCGAUAUGGACUACGCUGUUCGCCAAGGCGCUUGAGGGCAAGGACGUGAAGGACCUACUCAUGAAUGUUGGCUCAGGCGGUGGCGCAGCCGCCGCCGCACCAAGCGGUGGUGCCGCUGCUGGUGGUGCUGGAGAUGCCGCGCCGGAAGCGAAGGAGGAGGAGAAGGAAGAGGAGAAGGAGGAGUCGGACGAGGAUAUGGGCUUCGGUCUCUUCGACUAA